CGCUUAUCAACACAACCGGGACCUUUGGAUAUCAUUCGCUUGCUCCCACGGACGAAAUUCGAUCGCUACACUGUGGGUUUCGUCCGUCGCAUUUCUCUAUGACGCCUACACAUUGUCGCACGAAGUGGCAGCAAUGACCACUGGCAUGCAGUGCAGAGACUCAACUCCAUGGACAUACGGCGGACGAUUUACAUCCUCACUCUGUCGCCAACUACUAUGGGGAGAUUCGUCCCAGGCUCACGGUAGGAAUACAUAAAGGGACACGUCAGGCUUGCCCAGAUGAUACUCAACUAGAAUCAAAUCCAAUCCGUCCAUUUCUGUGUUUUGUCUCUGCGCGUGAACUGAACUCUUGCCCAAGAUCGUCAUAUCAUGUCCGACCUCAGACGGAUCCUCAUCACCGGAGCUACAGGAAAGCAAGGCGGAGCCGUUCUUCGAGCGUUGCUCAAAUCCCCUCCCUCUCCGCCGUUCCAUCUAGUGGCACUGACACGCAAUGCAAAAAGUGAAAGUGCUCAAGCCCUGACACGAAACAACCCCAACGUCAGUCUCCUGGAGGGAAACCUCGAUGACUGCAAAGCUAUUUUCAGAGCCUCGUCAGAAACCGACACCCCUCCUUUCUAUGGCGUCUUCAGCGUACAGGUGCCCCUGAAGCCUCGGGUGGAGGAGCAGCAAGGGAAGGACCUGAUCGAUGCGGCCGCAGCACAUGGUGUCCGUCACUUCGUGUAUACGUCGGCGGACAGGGGCGGGACCGAAAGGUCUGAUCGGGAUGCCACCGCAGUCAAACAUUUCGCUUCGAAAUUCGCCAUUGAAACCCACCUGAAGCAUACUGCGCAGAAACUGGACGGCAGAAUGAAAUGGACAAUCGUGCGCCCCGUGGCGUUCAUGGAGAACCUGACCCCGGACUUUCUUGGUCGCGCGUUCGCGACCAUGUGGCAGCUGAACGGGAUGGAUGAUGAUAGCAAUAGCAAGUUACAGCUUGUCUCCGCGACCGACGUGGGCAUUCUUGCCGCGGACGCUUUCAAGCAUCCAGAAACCUAUGCGGGGCGAGCUAUUUCCAUCGCGACCGACGAAUUGACGGCUCGACAAGCCAACGACGUCUUCAAGCGUGUCGUCGGCUCCGAUAUGCCGACCACAUAUCCAUUUGUGGGCCGCUUGAUUAAGUUGAUUCUCCGCGAACAACUCGGGGUCAUGUUUGACUGGUUCAAAACCGACGGGUUUGGAGCCGAUCCGAACGAGUGGAAGGAAAAGUUCCCAGAGAUGCAAGACUUCGAACGUUGGCUGAGGGAGUCCAGUCGGUUUGAUAAGAAAACGUGAUGAGGAGACCGUUGGCAUGAUGGCGUCGUACAUGAUCUGAUGCUGCCACGCCAGUACCGAGGUAUAUUCCAGGAAGAAUAUGCCAGGUUGCUUUUGGUGGCCGCUGGAAUGGCUGUGCCGUCUUCUAUGCUCGCCUCCCGACCAGGACAUCUUCUCGAGGGGUAAAGCUGUGGCAUUGCAUGCGGAUAUUGCCUUCUCGCCCCCAAACCAAGAGACCGGCUCGACUGGCGGCGUCUUUCCACAGGUACAGUCGAUUCUACCUUCAUAGCUUCCGUUGACGGGCCAUGCAGCAGUAUAGCCUCUCAACUCAACGAAGUCAUCCCCGUACGGGAACUGUAUCUCGUCCGCAUCCCCGUCGCUCAUCAACAAUUGAGUGCCGACUUGUUAGAUUUUCUUAAAUAAGGCUGACGUUGUGGGAACUAGAGUCAGUUUUGACCGUCGAGGACGGAGUCGGACGAUCUCCUGGACCUACAACGGAAUAGCAAGUUCAACUGUCAAGCAGGACCUAAUGGAGAAUGUUCAUGUGAACAGAAUACCUAAUGAAGAUGGCGAGGCUACCUGGACGUAGUCAUUGGAUGGAAAGGCAGAAUAGCAGAUGGAUUGUCCAAGGGCGUUCAUUGAUAGAGAUAUUCGUCUGAUGUGCAGAAACAGUUGAUGAGCUUUGCCAGGCUUGACCCAGCCGAUGACAAUUCCAAUGAGAAGCAACCCGGGCUAUUUGC